AUCUUUCCCUCCCUGCAACAAUGGAAAUAAACCUUAUUAAAAUGCUCUUCAAAGAUGUACUUGAUUUAUCUGAUCCAUGAACUUUUUUUCAGAGUUUGAUAUCGCAUGAGUGGUGGAAGCCAUGAAGCAAGAGAUUUCAACAACAGCAGCUGAAAGCAAGUCGAGCUUCUCACAGUCCACAACACCAUCUCGCCUCAGAGCAUCUUCUAAAGUUAAGGAUUCCUUAAAAUCAGAUGUUUCUAACGGGCUCUCACCAGGUCUGAAAGCACGCCCAAAGACAGUUCCACCAGACCCGAACAACAGUCAAAAAGUUCGGAAAUCUCUUGGCCUCAACAAAUUGAAGUCUCCUGAGGAUGUUGUGGGAUCUCAAAGGGGUAGGGAAGGGGAAGAUGUCAAAAUUAUGGGCCGGACGGGAAAACGGACGGUGGUCGAACAGUUUGCUCGGCCUCGCCGGGGUAUGGAGCCCAGCUCUAAGAGGAUUGAAGAUGAUACAGAUGGGAAAAGGAAGGAAUUGCAGGAGAAGCUCCAUGCGAGUGAGAAUUCGGUUAAGGAUCUUCAGUCCGAGAUAUGUACAUUGAAAUCCCAGUUGGAGAAGUUGCGGAGCUUGAAUGUGGAACUGGAGUCACAGAACAGGCAGUUUGCGAACGACCUUGCUGCUGCCGAAGCAAAGAUCUCAGCUCUUGAAAGUCGUCAACAGGAACCAGUUGAAGAGGAGUUUCAGAGCCAUGAUUUUAAAAAGGCUCAGAAACUCAUAGGAAAUAAAUUGGAAAACUUGAGAGUUGGGGAAACUAUAAAGGAAGGGAGCACUGUUAAGAUUCCAUCUGUAGCACCACAACGAGCGCCAGUGAGUUCCAACCCUCCUCCUCCACCGCCUCCCCCACCCAGGGUCCCAGCCAGAGCAGCUAGCAUGCAUAAAGCUCCAACACUUGUGCAAUUCUAUCACUCAUUGACAAAGCAUGAGGGCAAAAAGGAUCCUCUGCGACAUGGAAAUCACAAUAGUCCCACUGUCUCUAAUGUCCACAGCAGCAUAGUUGGUGAAAUUCAAAAUCGUUCAGCUCAUUUAUUAGCUAUAAAAGCGGAUGUGGAAACAAAAGGGGAGUUCAUCAAAUUUCUUAUCCAGAAAGUUCAGGAUGCAAUAUAUACAGAUAUUGAGGACGUCCUAAAAUUUGUGGAUUGGCUUGACAACAAACUCUCUUCCUUGGCUGAUGAGAGAGCUGUGCUAAAGAAUUUCAAUUGGCCUGAGAAGAAAGCUGAUGCCUUGCGUGAAGCUGCAGUUGAGUAUCGUGAUCUUAAACGGUUAGAAAGUGAAGUUUCUUCCUAUAAAGAUGACAAUACCAUACCGUGUGAAGUCAGCUUGAAGAAGAUGGCUAGUCUACUAGACAAAUCUGAGCGGAACAUACAGAGGUUGGUAAAGUUGCGGGAAGCAGCCAUUCCUUUCUAUAGGGAUUGGAAAGUUCCUACGGAUUGGAUGCUUGAUUCAGGAAUGGUCAAUAAGAUAAAGCAGGGUUCUAUGAAACUGGCCAAAAUGUACAUGAAGAGGGUGUCAUCGGAGAUUGAAUCAGUUCAAAAUUCAGAGAGGGAAUCCAUGCAGGAAGCUUUGCUGCUUCAGGGAGUGCAUUUUGCUUAUAGGGCCCACCAGUUUGCUGGAGGACUUGAUUCAGAAACAAUGUGUGCUUUUGAAGAGAUAAAACAACGCAUGCCAGUGCACAUGGGUGGGCAUCGACAACUGUUUGCGGGUAUAGCAUCAUCUUAGGGUAGCCGUGGGCUUCGCUCCGCCAGUGAACAUUGGAAGAGAGACGCUGGCUGGCUGGACUGUCACUGUUUAAUGCCUGGUUAGUUAAUUAUAGGUAGACAGUUUGAACUUUUGGAGGAUGUACAAUCGGACGCACUAACUAAUUGAAAGCAUAUUCCUUUGCUGUUCAUA